GCGAACGAGUGCGGGGCGGAACCUUUUCACAUGUCAGUUCCGGGUAGGAUUUGUUUUAUUGUAACACAUCGUUCAUGGCUUUCAGAGCGCAGACGUUCAAGCGAAUGUUGACUUGUCUCUUUAUUUCAAGUGUCAUCUUUUAGCAGCCUCGUUUGACUUGAUGUGAUGUCAGAUAAGCGUCAGCGAGCCAGAGUCCAGGGCUCCUGGGCCAAACAAGUGCCAAAACACCCAGGACCAUCAGCAGGUGCUGUCCCAAAUAACCAUCAGCCAAAAAGUGUCAAUCAGACCCCUGCUGCCUGGGGAUGUGGACCACAGAAAAAAAAUACGACUUUUGAGUUUAACCAGCCAACCAAGCCAGUUAGAGAUGUUCCGCCAGAAAAGGUGAUCGAACAUGCAGGUGAAUAUGAGAUCAGUCACGGGCCAUCAGGAGUCUCCAGACUGCAGCUGCUGCCAGGGUUUCUUCCCCCAGAAGAGGCCGACUGGAUUUUCAGUAAGCUGUUAGCAGAACUUCCCUGGUCCCAGAAAACCAACUUCAGACAGGGUGAGGCAUACGACGAGCCCCGGCUGACCUGCUGGUAUGGAGAGCUUCCCUACACAUAUGCUCACUCCACCAUGGCUGCUAACACACAGUGGCAUCCAGUGCUGUUAACACUUCGCGAGACAUUGAGGCAGGUGAGCGGAUGCAGCUUCAACUCACUGCUGUGUAACCUUUAUCGUGACGGCCAUGACAGCAUCGGCUGGCACAGUGACGACGAAGCCUCCUUGGGCUCCAAACCCACCAUCGCCUCCAUCAGUCUGGGCGACACCAGAGUGUUCAGCCUCCGCAAGCAGCCUCCACCAGAGGAGAAUGGUGACUACACAUAUGUGGAGAGGAUUCGGGUUCCUUUGAGUCACGGGACACUUCUGCUGAUGUCAGGAGCCACACAAGACGACUGGCAGCAUCAAGUGGCUAAAGAGUACCACGACCGAGGCCCACGCAUCAACUUGACCUUCAGAACUAUCUACCCAGAGCCGGAGGGCCACAGGGCAGGGACCAAGAUGCGAUUCACAGCCAAGGCCCCAUAAACUCCCCUCAGAGUCAGGUACUUAGAGCAAAGCUGAGGAAACUGUGUCUCAUGGUUUAGCAGUCCAAACACUGAUCCUGCAGUCUUAUAUCUGAUGGAUGGAGGGCGAACCAGACCUCAGUGAAUGAACGAUGGAAAGAUUUGAGACAAGUGAGGCUCUGUAGUGUGUGAAUAUCGUCGUCUUUUUCAGUGAGCUUUUUAAGCAGUUUCAACUGUUUAAAAGAGGUCUUCACUGAGUUACAUGCCACAGGCUGAGGAGAUGAGCAGCUCUACCUGAACUCACCUGUUGCAUAAACAAACCACGAUAACACCACAGCCGUGACCAGUGGGAGCUAUCAGAUAUCAGUGUUUUCAGAGAAGCCAGGCAGAGAAUGGGUGAUGAUGGCUUUACAACUUGACAGAAUGUCAGAUGUGCAGAUUACUUUAAAUUUAUUUAUUCAGAACAGUUGUUUACAUUAAUCUCACACAGUAAUUUGGCAUGAUCUUUAUUUAGUAUGCUGGGAGAGUUCAACCACCACUGAUAUGUCAGUGAGAAGUGCAUUGUUGUAGUUGCUAAUAAAAGUUUAUUUAGUUGGUUAGUAUUUUCCUUUGAGUCAUUUAGAUUGAAGAUCUUGUUUUUGUCUAUUUGUUUGACUCCAUUACAUGUCUUGAAAAGACUCUUUAUGAAAAACAGUGUUUUGAGUGCUCAUGGUCGAUAGGAAUUUUCCUGAAAUGCUGUAAAAAGAAAAAUUACUUUCUACCUUGUUAAUCUCUUUGGAGAAAACACAGUUGCUGUUAAAGGGAAGGAACAAGUUAAGUGGCCACUUACGACAAUCAUACCUCCAUCACGACUGGAAUGAGAUAAUGUUGAACAAGACUGGUCUGACCGUUCCUCAAAGAAGUAGUUCAGGUUUUUCAGACUGAUGUCCUGAACCAGAAUCAACCAGAAAAAAGAACAAGUGUUUUGAGGAGACAUGGAUAAUUAAGUGUCUUUUUUUUUAUUACCAGAACAAUUCAACAUACAGGUAGUUGCAUUUUCAACAUAGUAAUAACAUAUACUGUGUAUGUCUGUAGAUGGAAAACAGGAUAGAAAGUCGAGGCAUGUUACCCCAAGAAUUUUCCUUCCUGAUUCAGUGAAUUGUCUACCUUAGACUUUGAUUUUGAUCAGUUGCGAAACAGCUUUUGUUUUUAUUUUAUUUGAAGUGACGUUUAGUAAAUAUUAAGUGGGAAAUAUGAUUGUUAGAAACCGAUCAGUCCUAUAUGUUGUUCAAUGCUGUAGAUGGCAUCAGAGUUAGCUGCUGUUUCAAUAUAAAUCUUAGUACUAAAACGUUCCUUACUAAGGUGCAUUUUGUUCGGUAUAUUAAUGAAUGGAGAAAACUAUUCAAUCAUUUCUUGAAAAUAUACUCUUUCUUAGCGACCCACAUGUUAUGAUUGUCUUUUGUUCUGAAAUAAACAAUUAUUCUCUGAA